CGCGUGCUUUCACUGCUGCACACUACUCAGUGUACGCUAUAUACAGACAAUACUGUAGUAAUCGUGUCAUACAUUCACUAAUAGUAACACUAAUAGUAAUAGUAAUAGUAAUCCAGUAUUUAUUGUAUCAUUCAAUUGGUUACCAUUUGUCUCAUCUAUCAUAUACUGUGCCUGAAAUUGUCAACAAUAGUAGACAUCUGUGUCUAUGUGUGAGUCCGUGCGAUGCCACUGACCACCACCUGAAGACAUAUUGUGGCAACACUUCCAACGCAACCGACAUUUGUCACAACAAACGCGUCAAUGCCUGCCAUUCACUGAUCACUGGACACAUCCACUGAUCACAUCCACUGAUCGCAUCACUGGACACAUCCCGACACCACAAUGGAGGCUGAGUUUGAUGACUACGACAAACACAACAAAUGGCAACACAUCUAUCAGAAAAUCAGAUACCAGUCGUCGGACGACAAUCUGACGAACAAAGAGAGCCGAAAGUCUGAGAACAAGCCAUUCAAUCGAUACAAAGACGUGACGCCAUAUGAUUGGAGUCGUAUAAUACUGCGAAGAAGUGAUAAUAACUACAUAAACGCCAGUCUUAUUGAAGUAGAUUCCGCUCAAAGACAGUAUAUUCUGACACAGGGUCCGUUAGCCAUAACGAGUGGACACUUUUGGCUAAUGAUUUGGGAGCAGAAGUCGAAAGCGAUUCUCAUGUUAAACCGAUUGGUAGAAAAGGGACAAAUCAAGUGCCAUCAGUAUUGGCCGAAUGGCAGGGAUGACAACGAUUGCGAUGAACUCACCUUCACUGACGUCGGCCUCAAAGUGUCGUUUAUCGACGAGACUAAGUCUCCGAACUUCAUAACCAGGAAAUUCAAGUUAACCGACAUUCAGACCGAUGAGUGGCGGGAAGUGCUUCACUAUCACUACACGUCUUGGCCUGACUUUGGUUUGCCUGAGAGUCCGGCCUCUUUUCUCGAGUAUUUAUACGCCGUUCGCGAGUCUGGAGUAUUAGAUAUGAAAGAGUACGGACCGCCUGUCAUCCAUUGCAGUGCAGGCAUCGGUCGUUCGGGAACUCUAUGUCUCGUCGAUUCGUGUCUUAUAAUGAUCGAAAAGUUUGGCCGAACGGAUGCCGUGAAUGUAAUGGACGUGUUGUUAGAUAUGAGGAAAUACAGGAUGGGUUUAAUCCAAACGGCAGAACAGUUACGCUUCUCCUAUCUGGCGAUCAUUGAGGGCUCCAAACAGCUCUCACUGUCUCAACCCAACGACACAACUGUGCCUUUUAGUGCUAAUAAUAACUACAAAAGUAAAGCCAAAUCACCAAAGAUUUCGAGAUCGCUGGGUAUUAACGAAGAAGACGGCGAUGAGUCUGAGUUCCCUUUUGGUGAUAUUCCACACAAACCUUUAGAUGUGAAUCAGAUGGACAUGUGUUCAAACCCUUUGCCUCCAUUGCCGCCGCGUUCUCGCCGCUCGUUCAGUACUACUUCACAGCAAUCGGGGUCGACGUCACCGGAACCGGACUCUAAGAGAACGAAAUGCUCGUCAUUCUCAUCCGUCCCAACACUACGACAAGACAUGAUCUCAAGUGAAGACUCAGCCAAUCAUUUGGAGCUAAUGAACAAUAAUUCAAACAAUUCUAACAACAAUUCAGUUAACAAUUUGUCACAAACCAAGCAAAGAGAACAAGAGGUUCGCAAACGACUGCGCGAUGAGAAGCGGCGGAAGACUGUGGAGACCAUCGAUCGGAUGAAAAAGAAACAAAAAGACUCGGAAGACAGGCGAGAUUUCACUCAAUUCAUCGACACUUUCGCCAAAUGUUGA